CCCGCCCCUCUUUUUGCACUUUAAACUGUUCCCCUGCACAAAUAUUUGCCUUGUUUCCAAACUAGCUGAAAAUCAGUCAGUCAGAACUAAGCGUCUCUGCUUCGGCUGAAUCAAGAUGUCCAGUAACUACAGACUGCUGGUGAAAAACGCCAAACACGUGGUUCUGAUCUGCGACAAAGGAGAGAAGUACCUGACCAAACAUGGGAUGCAAAAUCUUUGUGUGGUUGAAAACGGGAGCGUGGUAAUAGGAAGCGAUGGGCUGAUUAAAGCUGUGGGGCCUGCUGAACUCAUCAGAGCUCACUAUUCAGAAGCGUUCUUUGAUAAAGUGAUCGAUGCUACAGGAAUGUGUGUCCUGCCUGGGCUGGUUGACGCCCACACCCAUCCAGUCUGGGCUGGAGACAGGGUGCAUGAAUUUGCAAUGAAGCUGGCAGGUGCCACUUACAUGGAGGUGCACCGGGCCGGUGGAGGGAUCCACUUCACGGUGGAGCACACUCGAGCUGCCGGGCCCUCAGAGCUGCUGGCCUCCCUCAGCAGCAGGCUGGUCCGGAUGCAGCGAGCGGGCACCACCCUGGUGGAGUGUAAGAGCGGAUACGGCCUGGAGCUGCAGACUGAGCUCAAGAUGCUGGAGGUGAUCGAGGAAGCCAGACGCACUCUGCCCAUCAACAUCUCCUCCACCUACUGUGGAGCCCACGCAGUGCCCAAAGGGAAGACGGUUGCAGAAGCCACAGAGGACAUCCUGCAGGUUCAGCUGCCCAGACUGAAAGAACAGAUGUCUGCUGGGACCCUCAGAGUCGACAACAUCGACGUGUUCUGUGAGCAGGGAGUGUUUGACCUCAGCUCCACUCGCUCCAUCCUGCAGGCCGGUAAAGACAUUGGCCUCAACAUCAACUUCCACGGAGAUGAGCUUCAUCCCAUGAACGCCGCUCAGAUGGGUGCAGAGCUCGGGGCUUUAGCCAUCAGUCACCUGGAGGAGGUCACAGACGAGGGGAUCGUUGCCAUGGCAAGAGGAAAAACCGCUGCCGUCCUGCUGCCAACUACAGCUUAUAUCCUCCGGCUGCCCCAGCCUCGGGCCAGAGACAUGCUGGACGCCGGUGUGAUUGUUGCCCUCGGCAGCGACUUCAACCCCAACGCCUACUGCUGCUCCAUGCCAAUAGUCAUGCACCUGGCCUGCGUCAACAUGAGGAUGUCCAUGCCGGAGGCUUUGGCUGCGGCCACCAUCAACGCAGCCUACGCCCUCGGACGCUCGGACACACACGGCUCCCUGGAGGUCAACAAACAUGGAGACCUGCUGAUCCUGAACACCACGCGAUGGGAGCAUCUGAUCUACCAGCUGGGAGGACAUCAGGAGCUGAUCCGCUAUGUCGUCAUUAAAGGCAACGUCGUCUUUGAUAAUGAGAAAACCAUGGACUUAUAACCAGAAAAUAACUCCCGUCUGACUGAUUCAGAUCAGAGUUCCAGUAUUUAGACUAAGCUGAGCUGCUGAGGCCCAUCAAUUAAAAAAUAUCUAAUCUGAUUAUCACCUCAGAGAACAGGUAAGAUAUUUCACACCUCAAGUGAUCAAACAGUUUAAUGACUGACAUGACCUCUUGUUAACGUGUGAACUGACCUGGCGCUCACCCUGCGUUCAUCUGUGUAAUCAAAGAUCUGCUGUUUGGCCGUGUGGUGAAAGCAGAUGUCAGAACUACAGAGCAAAGAUUUCAGGAGCAAACAGAAGAACGUUUGUGAAGAGUGCUUUUAUUGAACAUGUUACUACACGCUUGUUUUGUCUAAACGCAUCCAUACGUUAUAUUUUUCCACAGGCAUGGCUUUAAAGGGAUAUUUCAACUUUUUUUUUAUUUUGAAGCAAGGUUGUAGGAGGGUACUUAGCAGCAGGAG